UGUCUUCGCGGCCCGAUCAGGGCUGCCGUGACGUUGUCCCCACGGGUUGCUGUGUCGCUGUCCCCACGAGUAGCCGGGUCCCUGUCCCCACGGGCGGCAUCGCCUCAUCCCGAGAGGCUGUGGGUGAUGGACUAAUCCAACCAUGGGUAGUGUGGACGGCUCAGAGGGUCCCUGGCUACAAAGAUUUGCAAAUGGGAAACCUGUGAGAAAACCCAAGCCUUGGAAGGCAGCAGCUGUUCAAAGCCGAGACAUCAUUGCUUCUGUUCAGUGCAUCUUGGACAGAGAAAAUUUUGUGAGGGAGGUGGACAGAUAUUUGAGGCACAAUGAUUUCCUUAAUCUGAGAAAGAAAGAGCUUCUGUACAAAAAAUAUCUUGAGGAUGUUUCAGAGCCAUUUGUGCAGAAAAUGAAGGACCGGAUGGACAGCCAGUCACAGAGAGAAGUGCAGAAAAGGAGACAAGAACAAUUAUCUCAAUAUUUAAACUACUGUACAAAGAAGGGCUAUGUGUUUUUGGAUGAAUAUGACCCAUCAGAGUACGAUCCAUUCUUCCAGAAGAUGUGCACAGACUCCUGGAAGGAUGGAAGUCAUCAACCAGCAUGACAGAGACCCAAUGAUGUCACCUGUCCUCCAGCUGAUCACAGCAGCAAGCACAGCCUCAAAGGUACCCUUUACAAAAUAGGUUACAUGCACUGCUAAAGCAAGUGAGAAGAGGCCAGGUCUUUGGGCAAACUGCAAUAAACUUAUUGUCUUAAACAUGUAGUUCUGAAAUGUUGUUACCCAGCAGGCAAAGAAACGUCUGAGAUGCUGCUCCUCUUGUUGCCAGAUCCAGUUCAGUGUUCUACAUGCCAAAACCUGUUAUUUUAGCAGGUUUAACUUGGGCUGAGCUCAAUAAAGACUGCGGGUAUUCUCUCCUGGAGACAGUGUCCGAGCAGUAAAUGAAACUUUUAACAUACAUCACAGGUGUUUUGAGAAGGCAGGAAGAGGAGAUGGGAAGUGGUGUACAAAACAUCUGGUGGUUUUUGGAGAGUUGGUGCUGAGCAGCAGCUGCUGCAGUGCCCUCAGCCCUGUCCCUCUCCUGUGCCAGUGCAGUCCCACCUCCCUGCUGCUGUGGCUACUCAGCAGCUCUGGGCUCAAAGCCCGGAAACAGGAUUUUCUCUGUUCUCCAAACUCCCAUUGUACACACACAACCUCUCAAGAGUUGCCAAGAGUUGAGUUUUAUUUAGGAUUAGAAAUACUGAACCACAGAAAACUGUUAAAUGUAACAGAGGUUGACUCAGUAACAGGAGGGUGCACAGAUGGUGACUGGUGGGAAACUGCCAGACUUGAGGAGGAAUUUCUGCACCCAUGGAAAAGAAGGGCACAGGCUGCUCAGAACUGCAUGCUGUGCUUCUGCAACAAAGCAGUUUAAAGGAGGCAGCAAAUGGUUACAAUGUAUCAAAUAUUUAUAAACAAACUUACUUUUUUUUUUUUUAAACCAUCCCUGAUUUGGUGCCAAGAGAAAGGUUUUGCUUUCAACCACUUCAUUUUACAGUUUUAUAUAGGGGUGAAGUUCCCCAGAGCAAACCCUUUAAACUUGUAAUAAACUUUCCUUGAACAAAUCCUCUAAGUUUUUCUCAUUAUUUCACAUUCUCCUUUACAAUAAAAUAUACUUUUUAAAAAUCACUAUGCAUCAAUAAACAUCUGUAGACAAGUUAAUAAACUUAUAUUUUACUCUCUAUAUACAUGUUGGCAAUGUCAAAGCUUCAAGAUUCACAUGGAGGUCUGCAAGACCAAGGAAAUGUACACAAAUAACUUAUAUUUAGGAAAAAACCUAAAGAGCUGAACAAUUUUGCCACAUUGUUGUGGGUCACAGUAUUUAAAAUAUUCUUUUCUAGUUAUUCUUCACAACCACAUUGUCUCAGCAGAGAAUGAUAAA